CAAGUGGCAACAAAACGCGUCAGAUAAUUGAGAGUAUUCAUAUGGGAACUAACAUCUGUGCUCACUGUUGUUACAUCUAAAGAUGCCCCCCGAUGAGGCGGUGAUGUUUUUGGCAGCCCACUGACGGAACUCCGACAUCACUGAUUGAUUGAAUGAGUGCACUAGUCUGUCGGUAGUGGUACUAUAACGUGAACAAACAACAGAGAUAAAUGGCGAGGACGGGACUUACUGUCUAUGACUGUGAACGCCAAAGACUCAACACGAAGUUGCAUUAGCCGAAGCGAUCUGCUGCCACAAGCUAGCACCAAAGACUACUAGCUAGCAUCUCGUUGAGCUAGCCAGUAGGUAAGAUUAGCCGGGUAGCUAAUGUUAGCUGAAAAGUCUAUUUUUAGUGGACCUUUGUGCCGUCGGUAGGAACAUCGUUAGGCGAUUAGUUUUGACAACUUAAUCCGAGAGGAUUGUGUGUAUCCUAUGAUCUCGCAGCGCUAGUUGUCUGUACCAAAAUGUCCACCACUUCGUUGGAUAAAGAAUUACAGGAGCGACUGAGAGAGGCGUCUGCCAUCGGGGAUAUCGACGAAGUGCGGACAUUGGUGGAGAGUGGAGUAAACGUGAAUUCACAGAAUGAAAUAAAUGGCUGGACGUGCCUGCACUGGGCAUGCAAGAGGAACCAUAAGCACAUAGUGUCCUACUUACUCAGUUAUGGAGCAGAUAAAGAAAUCCUCACGGCUAAGGAUGAGUUGGCCUCACAACUUACAUCCAAACCAGAGAUCAAACGGCUUUUAGGAGUUGAAGUGGAGGAAGUUCCUGAAGUCAAGGAGCCUGAGUUACCAAUCAUCCCAAACUACCUGUCUAACCCGGCCUUCAUGUAUUCCAAGAUGGAUAACAGGUCAGAGAUCAUCCUGGCACAGCACCUUACACAGAAUGGUUCUGGAGAACACGCUGAGGAUACGCACAGCGAUUCACCCUCCCUUUCACCGACUCAUGAGCCUCAGAAGUCCCAGAGCCUGCUCUCUGACGGCCCCUCUCCUCCCCCAAACCCUACCACUGACAGCCAAGCCCAGGCUGGGGAAUUCAUUCCUGUGACUGAGCAAAAUGGUGUGUCGCCCGGCCCGGCCUCAUCCCACAAUCACGCCGUUGUUAACUGCACAGUGCCCAUGGACCUGUCAGUUGAGCCGCACUUUGUCAACCAUGCCGACUACCCGCAUGCGGUGGCGCAUAAAGGCACCGUGUGCUCGCCUCCGUUGGCCUCACCCAGCCCCAGCUUGGCCAGCAGCAGUGGGAGCCAGGUCCAGGCCCCGGUGGCCGGCGCUAACCCAACCAUGAGCAGGCAGCAGUCUAUCCCACAGCAGCUGAGCUACGGCCAGGCUGGUGGGCCCAUGCCAGCCUUCCAGCCUUUCUUCUUCACCAGCACCUUCCCUGUCAACGUGCAAGAGUUGGUGCUGAAGGUGCGUAUCCAGAACCCCAACGCUCGGGAGAACGACUUCAUUGAAGUGGAGCUGGACCGCCAGGAGCUUACCUAUCGUUCCCUUCUGAGGGUCUGUUGCCGCGAGUUGGAUAUCAGCACUGAGCACGUGGAGAAGAUCCGCAAGCUGCCGAACACCAUGUUGAGAAAGGACAAGGACGUUGCUCGGCUGCAGGACUUUCAGGAGCUUGAGGUUGUGUUGGAGAAAGCAGAGGGCUUGUCCCUGUUCUCUGGGACUGGGGGCCUAACAGACAGACCCUGCUACAACAUGAAGGCCUCCCGCCUCACCUACUAGAGCUACCGCGGAGCCUGAGGUCUCCCCGCUUAUGAUGGGCUUCUGUAGCUACCCUCAAGCAACCAUAACUAGUUGCCCGCCCAGGUUCCCAAUUACAGCUUUGUCCGGCUUUGGUGUUUCGCCAAUUUCCUAACUGGGAUAUGUUUUUUUUUUUUUUUUUUUCAAGUUCUGUAGCUCUUGUCCUCCUCCUGUCCUGCUCUGUCCCUCCUGCCGCUUUAGUGUACCCAACCAGUUGUAAGCGAUUACUGAUGCAUGGUGUCCUCGAUUAUGUGCAAAAGUAUUUGGGCCCCUUUCUCCUCUCUUUAUCUCUUUCUCUCCUCCCACUGCACUUUGUGCCAAGGCUCCAGUGGGACAAAAGAGGGAGACAUUGGCUUGUCUUCCAUAUGGACUGGACUUAAUGGGAUCCUGUAAUAGCCUUAUUUGGACACAUCCCUAUCCUGGCUGUGGACUAUGGUCACAGAGGAAAAGACUUGGUCUGAUAAGACAAAGAGCAGAGGACAAAAGGAAGGAUUUACAUAACUCUUACCGAUAAGUUCAUCAUCAGUCCGCAGAAUAAGUUGGACUUGCACACAGCAACUUUAAUUUCUAAGAAACUGACCUGUAGAGUGCUAUCAGAUGUUCUAGCUGGCGUACACACUUUCAUACAUGCUGUAGGCAUAAACCUUAGUGUCUUUCCUGCAGAGGACAUCCAUUACUGUCCUAAUUCUUAAGGUGGCGGUAAUCUUAUACCAGGUGAGACAAAAGCAUCUUUGGACUAAUAGUGCUUCUAUUUGCUGACUACACAUACAGUAUGCUUUAAUCUAUAUCCACACAAGGAUGGACUGGUUUCCUUUUCAUAUUUAAAUCAUUCAGUCACACACUGUGGAAAAAGAAAUCAUUAGUUCUAUUUGAAUUGUUCUCUUUUCAUGUCGGACAUAAAAAGUAGAGAUAAAUGUGCAGCAACUCAUUUUUUAUUUUCUACAACGCAUUAGCACUUCUGCUUUGCAGGGCAAACUGUUAGGUUCAGUCAGCAUAACACUAAAACUGUCAACUGUGAAGUAUUUAUUUUAAAUGUUUUGGGUUGUAUUGAUUCUUACUAAUGAAGCGAGAUCAUGCGCUUAAGAGUAGCGAGACUUGAGUCCCAGCCAAGGUUGUGUAUAAGGCUGCCCACUUGAUUUAUACUUUAAUUUCAGUUGCUGUCCUUCUGUUUUAACUGUGAUUAGAAUCCAAACCAAAAACUAAUCUAGCCAGCAAAGAUACUAACUGCAGAACAAACUAUCACUGCUUCAGGAAAGAAUGCAGCUUUUGUUGACGUGAAGAAAAAAGAAAUGGGAUACGGCAAAGGACAUGAUGGUCUCGGGUUGUAUGAUUGAGUGUGUCUUUGUUCCUCCAGCACUAAUCAGAAUUCUCAUUGCUGACACAGUUAUCUUUGUCGCCCUGUGUCAUCUCAGUUCUAUAUGGUCAAUCUAUAUGGUGACUAGGUUUCUUUAAAAUAUAAAUUUAGUUAAUUAAUUAGUUAAUAAGUUAGUAAUGUAAAAUUAGCACUAGACUGGCUUUAACAACCAAACUGAAGCCAUGUUUGGUUGUUAAAGCCAGUCUAGGGCUAAUUUUACAUUUUUAAUUAAAGAAAAUGUUGACGUUAACGGUUUGUAUUCCGUCGCUCAGAGACUGUACGACUUAAACGGAGACUGCCAAGACGACUACACUUAAAACAUUCUUAUACUGUACAUUAAGAAUUUAACAGGUCAAGAGGCACAGCCACGUCGUGUCAGACGGUAACAUUUUAUGCUGCUUUCAUCGACACUUUAUAUUCCUUUUAAUUCUCGAUGCUGAGGCUCAUUUAUUUGAAGCAGUGCAGUAGGCGGCCACUACACUUGUCCUACAAUCAAAAGGUUUCUUACCCAGUGGUAACUGUUUACUGUUGAAAUGUAUACCUAAAGCUCUUACUGUAUUUGUAUGUUUUAUGAUAUAUUUUUUAUUAAUUUGUAUAAUUUUUUAACCAGUUAGGCCUGUUGUGUUUGUGUCAAAAAAAAAAAAAAAAAAGAGUCUUCUAUUGUGCAAGACAGAGCAAUGGGAUGUAAAAGUUGUUGAAGCCAAGUGCAAUGUGGGAGGAAAAGAUUGUUUCCCGGAAGUUUGCUGUGAGAAGAAAGGACUACCAAGAGUGCUUAUUUUCUGUUUCCUACUAUGUUAAAUGCUUGAUUAAGUAAAGUUGUGCCACACGUUUAAGGCAGGAGCUUGGUUGAGAAAGUGGGACAAUGUAUGGACAAACCCCCCAACCCCACCCCCAUCCAU